AUGGACCAACAGCUUAGUCUGCAAGAGAAAAAGGGUCAACACAGAAGAACCGUAGAUCACGGAAAUAAUAUGGGCCGCUGGUAUAUACAGAGAUCCAUUGGCCAGACAAAGCAACACGUGGGCAAAGUCAGGCCUGAGCUGUCUUACUUGAUCGACUUGCUCCCAUCGUUGGCUUAUUCGAGAGACACUUUGGCCGGGAACCCUGCUAUCUUAGACAUUCCCUCUAAAUUUGUACACCUAUCGCUGAACAAGGCACGUCACUCCAUCAACACGGUGAAAUGGACACCUGAAGGACGACGGUUGGUGGUGGCAUCGCAUAGUGGAGAGUUCACCAUCUGGAACGGUAUGACAUUCAACUUCGAGACGAUUAUGCAAGCCCAUGACCUGGCUGUUCUUGCUUUGAAGUAUUCGCAUGACGACGACUGGCUCCUUUCCGGAGACCAAGAUGGUGUCAUCAAAUACUGGCAGCCGAACUUCAACAACGUCAAUAUUUUGCAGGGCCACACAGACGCCAUACGAGACAUUGCCUUUUCUCCAAAUGACUCCAAGUUUCUCACCUGCUCGGAUGAUCAUGCCAUUAAAAUCUGGAACUUCAACAACGGAAAAGAGGAACGCACGCUACUGGGCCACCAUUGGGACGUAAAGUGUGCUGAUUGGCAUCCUUCUUUGGGUCUUAUCGUUUCUGGCUCGAAAGACAAUCUCAUCAAGCUCUGGGAUCCUAGAGUAGCGACUGCCAUUAAUACUCUUCAUGGCUUCAAGCACACGGUCACGAAGACCAAAUUUCAAAGGGCAGGCACUAACAGACUUCUUGCAUCGGUUUCCCGAGACCGGUCUUGUAAAAUCUUCGAUUUGCGAACAAUGACCGACUUCAAGGUUAUCCGUGACCAUGAGACAGAUCUUUCGUGCGUCGAGUGGCAUCCAGUUCAUGCCUCUCUUUUAACGACUGCUGCAUACGACGGCUCGAUGUACCACUACAUUUUAGAUCGACACAUCCCAGAGACCAGUUCCGACAAGUCUCAAAAUUCGAAUGUGGAGAUCGCACAAAAGGUCCCAUAUGCCCACGAAAAAGCCAUCAAUGCACUUGAGUACCAUCCAUUGGGUCAUUUGUUGUGUUCCGCUGGAAACGAUAGAUCUGCUCGCUUUUGGUCGCGAGCAAGACCCAACGACCCAAUGGCGUUCAAAGACCCCUUGUAUACCAACGAGAAAGUUGGCGCGUGGUACUACGGCGUAAACAAUAACGUCAAUGCGGUCUUGGAGAAUCCCUCGCUUCCAACAAACUCCGCCCAAUCUGCGUACGGAUCUAGAAAUAUAGUGCCUGGUCUUCAAAACACUUACGAAGAUGGCAGUAGCUACAUUCCAGGUUUGGGCUCAUCUGGGCAACAAUAUUAG